AUGAAAACUGAGGCCUAUCCAGGGGAGUCUCCGGGGCAGUCCGGCCGCACCAUGAAGGCCCUGCUUCUGCUCGCGCUGGGCCUGCGUCUGGCCACCGGAGUCGGACACUGGUGUGAGCGCACGGUGGAGGAGCGAGUGGAGCGGAUAACCUCCCCCCGUCUGCAGAGGGAAGUGGACUGCUCCAACGUGUACCAGUACAAUCUGCAGGGCUGGAAGCUGGACGUGGACCGGAUGCGCCAACAGCACGGGGGGGACGACGGCAUCGCCCUGUAUUACAGACAACACGGCCUGAACGCAUCCUGCUACCUGUUCAAGCCGGAGGAGAAGGAGAUCCAGGAGCUGAACAGGACCAUGCAGAGCUGUUGUGAGGGCUGGGCUGGGCCUCGCUGUGCUGAGGGUACGGAUGCGCGCGGUCGCUGCUUCUCCACCUGGAGCUGUGAGGAGUUCCCGGGUGUCCACAACUCCUCGCUGAUGCCUCUGGAGCACUGCUGCGGGAGCGUGUGGGGCCUGAGCUGGAGGAACGCGUCCGACCUGGCCUGCCUGUCCUGCUCCUACUCCCUGCUCGCCGACUCCCCGUCCACGCCCCUGCGUCGCGGGGGGGUCCUGGGGGCUCUCCGGAACCCGCAGGGCUCCGCCACGUGCCUGACGUGGGGCGGGGCGCACUACCGCACCUUCGACCGGAAGCACUUCCACUUCCUGGGCAGCUGCACCUACAUCAUGGCCUCGUCCACCGACGGCACCUGGGCCGUGUACCUGAGCAGCGUCUGUGACCAACAGGCCCGCUGCAGCAAGGCCCUGAGACUGAUGUUAGCGAUGGACCUGGUGUCCAUCCAUCACGGGAACUUGACGCUCAACGGCCAACUGGUCCCUCAAGGCCAGGCCCUCUUCCAGAACGGAGUCAGCGUGCACUGGCUCGGAGACUUUGUGUUCGUGGAGAGCGGGCUUGGGGUCCGGGUGAAGUUUGACAUGGGCAACAGCGUCUACCUGACCGUCACUGCAGAGCACCUCACCGCCACCAGGGGGCUGUGUGGAGUCUACAACAACAAUGGCGACGAUGACUUCACCACCGUCGCUGGGACGGUCUCCCAGUACGCCGCCAGUUUUGGGAACUCAUGGCGAGUCCCCGACCAGCAGACAGAGGGCUGCAGUGAUGCAGCAGAGCUGGGGCACAGCUGCGAUGUCGUUGGCGAUCCGGCCCUGCGUAAGGAGGCGGAGCUGGUGUGCCACAGGCUACAGGACACGCCCUUCUCACAGUGCCACCACCGGGUGGAUCCGGCAGCGUACGUGGACACCUGUCUGUACCUGCACUGCAGCCUGGGCGCUCGGGAGCGGGAGGGGGCCACGUGCGACACCCUGGCCAGCUACGCCCGCGAGUGCGCCCAGCAGCACCUCAUCCUGAGCUGGAGGAGCCCGGAGCUGUGUGAGCGGGUGUGCCCGCGGGGGCAGGUGUUUUCCGACUGCGUCUCCUCCUGCCCGCCCAGCUGCUCGUCUCACCUGCCCCCCGCCCCGGGGCAGUGCCGGGAGGAGUGCGUGGGGGGGUGUGAGUGCCCCCCGGGGCUGUUCCUGCACCGCGGGACGUGUCUGCCCCGGGAGGACUGCCCCUGCUUCCACCGCCGGCACACCUACCAGCCCGGAGACACCAUCCCGCAGAGGUGCAACACCUGCGUGUGUAAAGCCGGGCAGUGGGAGUGUUCGAAGGAGAGGUGUGCGGCUCAGUGCAGCCUGCUGGGCGGGAUGCAGGUCACGACCUUCGACAGCAAGAGAUACACCCUGCAGGGCGGAGACUGUGGCUUCACUGUGGUGGAGGACUUUGUGGACAGUAAACUGCGGGUGACCGUACAGAGCGGGGCGUGUUUGGCCGGGGGCAGGCAGGGCUGCCUGCGGGAGAUGUCCGUCACCGCCCUCCGAACCACGGUGACGGUGAGCGGUGCGGGCGGAGUGGCGGUUAACGGCCAGAGGGAGGCGUUGCCCGUGGUGACGGCGGACCUGGUGGUGCGCCAGGCCUCCUCCUCCUUCCUGGUGAUCCAGGCCUUCGGCGCGCGGCUGAUGUGGCACCUCGACGGGUCCUACGCCCUCAUCACCCUCCAGCCCGGCUUCGCCCACAAGGUGCGAGGGCUGUGUGGCACGCUGACCUGGAACCAGCACGAUGACUUCACCACGCCCGAGGGAGACGUGGAGAGCAGCGUCUCCUCCUUCGCCGGCAAGUUCACCACCUCCUCCGACUGCCUGGCCCCCCACGGGGCCCCACCGGACCCCUGCGGCACCUACACACAGCGCAGGCAGUACGCCGAGACCGUCUGCAGCAUCAUCCACAGCUCCGCGUUCCAGCCGUGCCACGACGUGGUGGAGCGGGAGCCCUACUGGCGGCUGUGUCUGAUGGAGGUGUGCGGAUGCACGCCCCAGCGGCAGUGCCAGUGCACGGUGCUCACCGCCUACGCCCGGCAGUGCGCCGAGGAGGCCGUGCCCGUCAGCUGGAGGAACCACACCUUCUGCCCGGUGCAGUGCUCGGGGGGCCAGGUGUACCAGGAGUGCGGGCGGCCGUGCGGGGGCUCCUGCUCCGACCUGCGGCUGGACUGGAGCUGCCCUCGCGACGCCCUCAGCUGUGUGCCGGGCUGCCAGUGCCCCCAGGGGCUGGCGCAGGACGACACGGGCCAGUGCGUGCCCGUGGGCAUGUGCCCCUGCGUGCUGGGAGACGUCUUACACCAGCCGGGGGACGCCGUUCAGAACAACUGCAACACCUGUGUGUGUGCGCGGGGUGUGUGGAACUGCACGGAGGAGGCCUGUCCGGAGCUGAACCAGUGCCCCGGGAUGCUGGUGUACUCCCCGCGCUCCUGCCUGCGCUCCUGCUCCAGCCUGGACGCCCCCGGGCCCUGCGCCCAGCCCCUGUACGGCUGUGUGUGUCCCGAGGACACUGUGCUGCUGGGAGACCGGUGUGUCCCGCCAGCUGAGUGUCCCUGUCACCACAACGGCAAACUGUACUACAACAACGACACCAUCACUAAGGACUGCAACACCUGCGUGUGUCGGGGCCGGCGCUGGCACUGCGGCCAGUCGCUCUGCGUGGGCACCUGCGUCGCCACGGGCGACCCGCACUACGUGACGUUCGACGGCCGCUGCUUCUCCUUCCUGGGCGACUGCGAGUACGUGCUGGUGCAGGAGCGGGAGGGACUGUUCAGCGUCAGCGCCGAGAACGUGCCCUGCGGCAGCACCGGCGUCACCUGCACCAAGUCCGUCACCCUCACCAUGGGCAACACCGCCAUCCACCUGCUCAGGGGGAAGUCGGUGACGGUGAACGGCAUGCCGGUGAGCUUGCCCCGGGCCUACACCGGCAGCGGGCUGAGCCUAGAGCGGGUCGGACUCUUCGUCUCCCUCUCCUCCCGGCUGGGGGUCACCCUGCUCUGGGACGGAGGUAUGCGGGUGUACGUGCACCUCUCUCCGACGUUCCGCGGGAGAGUGGGGGGGCUGUGCGGGAAUUUCGACGGCGACUCGGAGAACGACUUCGUCACACGGCAGAGCAUCGUGGAGUCCACCGCGGAGCUGUUUGGGAACUCCUGGAAGGUCAACCCGUCCUGUCCCGAUGUGAAGGACCAGGACCUGCGAGACCCCUGCACUAUAAACCCUCACCGUGUGACCUGGGCCAGGAAGCGCUGCACCGUGAUCACCCAGGAGCUCUUCUCCUCCUGCCACCAGGAGGUGCCCUUCCAGCAGUUCUACGACUGGUGUGUCUUUGACGCCUGUGGCUGUGACUCCGGGGGAGACUGUGAGUGUCUGUGCACAGCGGUCGCGGCGUACGCUGAGGAGUGUAACCGCAGGGGCAUUUACAUCCGCUGGAGGUCCCAGUCCCUGUGCCCUCUGCAGUGUGAGAAUGGGCUGGUGUAUGAGCCCUGUGGUUCGGCCUGCGCCCCCUCCUGCCCCAGCAGCAUGCAGAGCGCAGACUCAGCCUGCAGCGCCCUCUCCUGUGUGGAGGGCUGCUUCUGCCCCCCCGGCACCGUCUGGAACGGCGACAGCUGCAUUGCGCCUGCACUCUGCCCCUGCGAAUGGGACGGCUCUGUGUUUCCUUCUGGCGCCAUUGUGGCUCAAGACUGCCAGAACUGCUCGUGUGCGGCGGGGUCCUGGCUGUGUGUGGGGGUCCCGUGGCCCCCCGCGCCCCCGUGUCUGGAGACGGAGUUCCAGUGCGCGGCGGGGCGCUGCGUGCCGGCGCUCUGGGUGUGUGACAACGAGGACGACUGCGGGGACGGCUCGGACGAGCUGUGCGCCACCUCCUGCUCCCCCGCCCAGUUCCGCUGCGCCAGCGGGCCCUGCCUCCACCAAUCGCUGCGCUGCGACGGCCACGCCGACUGCGCCGACCAAUCGGACGAGGAGUUCUGCGCCCCGCCCACGCCCGCCCCGCUCUGCCCGCCCGGGGAGUUCCAGUGCGCCAGCGGCCGCUGUGUGCCGCCCGGCCGCGUGUGUGACGGCCGCCCGGACUGCGGCUUCGCUGACGACUCCGACGAACAGGCCUGCGACUCGGCGUGCGGGCGAGGGGAGUUCCGGUGUGCGGGGGGGCGCUGCGUGCCCUACCUGCACCGCUGCGACGGUCACGAUGACUGUGCGGACCUGAGCGACGAGCGGGGGUGCGUGUGCCCCCCGGGGGAGCUGCAGUGUCCCGGGGGCGCCUGCGUCCCCGCCCAGAGGGUGUGUGACGGACACCGGGACUGUCCAACCGGCAUGGACGAGGCGGUGUGCCCGCCCACAGUGACCUGCGCCCCCGGACAGUUCCCCUGCGCUGACGGUACCUGUGUGCUGAGGGCCCGGCUCUGUGACGGGGUGACAGACUGCCCGGGGGGAGAGGACGAAGACCAGGCUAACUGCCACACCGUCACCAUGCCGACUGUCACCGGGGUGACGCCGGGCCCGUCCCUCUCCCCGCCUGUGCCCAGCUCAGGCUGCGGGCGGUAUGAGUUUGGCUGUGCCAGCGGGCAGUGUGUGCCCCAGGCCUGGCGGUGUGACGGGGAGACGGACUGCACGGAUGGCAGUGAUGAGCAGCGCUGUGAGAGGGUCUGUGGGCCGGGCCAGUUCCCCUGCGGCAGCCAGGACCAGUGUGUGGAGCAUCAGCAGCUGUGUGACGGAACACCCCACUGCAGAGACGCUUCUGACGAGAGUGUGGACAACUGUGGCUCCUCUCAGAUCCCGCCGUGUCCCGGCAGUUUUAAGUGUGAUAACCGCACGUGCGUGAACAUGAGCCGCGUGUGUAACGGCGUGGCGGACUGCCCGCAGGGCGAGGACGAGCUGCUGUGUGCCCGGCCUUCUGCAACCCCUGUGCCUCCGGGCUCCGGAAACACCAGCCGUACCUGCCCAGAACACACCUGUCUGGAUGGCACCUGCCUCUCCUUCAAAGAGGUGUGUAACGGUAUCCCAGAAUGCCCUGACGGCGGGCCCUCGGACGAGCAGGACUGCAGGGCGUGGGACCCCUGGGGCCCCUGGGGGCCCUGCAGCCAGACCUGCGGGGUGGGGUCUAAGAGCCGACUCAGACACUGCCCCCCGGGGGACACUCUGCGCCACUGCAGGGGGGAGGACUCACAGACUCAGCACUGCUUCUCCGUGUCCUGUCCAGUUGACGGCCGGUGGUUGCCGUGGACGACGUGGUCGAACUGCUCCAAGGGGUGUGGAGGGGUGGAGGUGCGGGAGAGGGAGUGCGUCCCUCCUCAAAAUGGCGGCCGGGCCUGUACCGAUCUUCCCGAGGAGCCGGCCGUCUCCACAGAGAUCAAGCCGUGUCCCCAGGAGAGCUGUGCCAACGCCUCGUGUCCGGCAGGCCUGGUCAUGCGAGGCUGUGCCCGCUGCCCCCUCACCUGCGCCCACCUGGGCAGCAACACCACCUGUGACGCCAACACCACCUGCUUCUCAGGCUGCUGGUGCCCUGAGGGGCGGGUGCUGAGCCACGCCCAGGUGUGCGUGCGGCCGGAGGACUGCGUGUGCGAGGUGUCGGGGGUGCGGUACUGGCCCGGGCAGCAGGUGAAGGCGGGCUGCGAGAUCUGCACCUGCGUGAGGGGCCGACCCCAACGCUGCAGACCCAACCCCGAGUGUGCAGUGCAUUGUGGGUGGUCGGCCUGGUCGCCCUGGGGAGAGUGCCUGGGCCCGUGUGGCGUGCAGAGCGUGCAGUGGUCCUUCAGGAGCCCCAACAACCCCACCAAGCACGGCAACGGCCGGCAGUGCCGCGGGAUUUACCGCAAAGCUCGCCGCUGUCAGACGGACCCGUGUGACGAGUGUGAGUUCCAGGGCCUGACCUACAUCAUCGGGGAGCACUGGCGGGCGGGGCAGUGUCAGCUGUGCCAGUGUCUGCCCAACCUCACCGUGCAGUGCGCCCCCUACUGCCCCCACUUCACCGGCUGCCCCCAGGGACAGACCCUGGUUCCGGGGGAUGGAGACCGGUGUUGCUACUGUGACAGGACAGCUGGGAACGGCUCCGUCGUCCUGACAACCCCAGGGUCCCUCCCCGUCAGCAUUGUGCCCUCCGUGCCACCAGAGGGCCCCCUGCACCCCAUCCCCUCCUACCCCCUGCCUGCUGCAGACGAGUGCUGGAGCCCCCUGGUGCAGUCUCUCCCGGACUCCAGCUUUGACGCCUCCUCCCACCAGCACGGCCACCCCCCCUCCGCGGGGCGUCUGCACGCGCGGGACCCCCACAGCGACCUGCAGGGCUGGGGGCCGGAGCCUGAGCGCUACCGCGACCUGCCGCCGUGGGCCCCCGAGGGCCCCUACAGCGACUACAGCCACCGCUCCGUGCAGCCGCCCUACCUGCAGCUGGACCUGCUGCGGCCCCGCAAUAUCACGGGUAUCAUAACGCAGGGCGGGGGUGUGUUCGACGCGUUUGUGUCCAGUUUCUACCUGCAGUUCAGUAAUGACGGGAGGCACUGGUACACCUACCAGGAGCUGAUUACUGACGCUCGCCCCCGUGCCAAGGUGUUCCUGGGUAACCGUGACGACAGUGGCACGGCGCAGGUGAGGCUGGACAGGAUGGUGUCCGCGCAGUACGUGCGAAUCCUGCCGCACGACUUCCAGAACGGGAUCUACCUGAGAGUGGAGCUAAUGGGCUGUGGAGAGGGUCUCCAGUGGCUCUCCACCCCGUCUCCCACAGUGCUCUCCGUCCCGCCCUGGCGGCCCUGCAGGGAGCAGGAGUACCGCUGUGGGAACGGGCGCUGUGUGCCGGCGGGGCCCCGGGGGGUCCUGUGCGACGGGGUGAACGACUGCGGAGACGCUUCGGACGAGCUGCACUGCGGCUCCCAGCCCCCUCCGACCUCGCGGGGCCCCCAGGGCUGCCUGAGAGGGCAGUUCUCCUGCCCGCCACCAGGGGACUGCAUCGAGGUGACCCAGCGCUGUGACGGACAGCCUGACUGCCCCGACGGAGCGGAUGAGAUGGGCUGUUUCCCCCACUCGAACCUCACCACCCUCACCCCGGGAGGAGAGAGGCCUGGAGGUCCGACACCCUCCCCCCGCACGACCCCCCGUAUGGCCGCUGUCUCUGUGCCCCAGCCUGGCACCACUGCAGCCCCGGGAGAAGGGGAGCCUUGGUGGAAAGGCGUCUGCUCCUCUCCUUUGGGUCUGGAGGACGGCCGGAUUCGGUACGGUCAGCUGAGCUCCUCCACGUACCGCCAGAACAACCCCGCCGACGCCGGGCGGCUCAACAUCGUGCCCAACGUGCUGAUCAUGGAGCCCGGGUGGAGCCCGCUGCGGGACGACCCCCGGCCCUUCUUCCAGGUGGACCUGCGGGAGCCCACCUGGGUGUCGGGCGUGGUGACCCAGGGCAGCGAGGCCACCUCCGGCUACUUCACCCAGUACCGGCUGGCCUUCGCCCUGGAGGAGAGAGACUUCGCCGACUACACCGAGAGCGCCGAUGGGAGCUCGCCCGUCAAGGUGUUUGACGUGCACAUGGUGGGUCGCGCGCCGGUCACACGCUGGCUGGGCAGGCUGGUGCGGGCGCGGUUCCUCCGCAUCGUUGCCGUGAAGUUCCGCCCGACCUUUCACCUCCGCGUGGAGAUCCUGGGCUGCAGGGGAGACCUGGUCACUCCCGGCAGCGUGACACUGCCCCCUGGUGGCGGAGCGGUCACACCUGCGCUCUGCGCCGGCGGCCAUUUUGCGUGUCACAGCGGAGGUUGUGUGCCCGUCUCCAAGCUGUGUGAUGGCCGCCAGGACUGCGCUGACCACUCGGACGAGCUGGGCUGUGGUACAGGUGUUCCGGGCCUCCGGGACCGGACCGGGCCCACAGGGAGUCCCGGGAUUCUGGGCCUGACCACCCCCAGGUCGUCCUAUCUCACCACAGGGACCCCCGGGCUGGGGCCUCAUGUUUCGGGCCCCACAGGAGAACCCGGCAUUAUUGACCUCAGCAGGUUCACGCCCACGCCCUCGGACGGCGGCCUACCCAGGGUGCUUUGCGUGGAGGGGCAGUUCGCGUGCCGGUCGUUCGGCUGCGUGGACACGGCGUUUGUGUGUGACGGACAGCUGGACUGUCCCGACGGCUCGGACGAAGAUCGCUGUGGUGAGUAUCAUGGCGUGUCGUACAGAUUGUACACUUGUUGGCGCCCCCUGGUGCCCAGCCCCUGCUCCGCCAAGCAGUUCUCCUGCGGCAGCGGGGAGUGCGUGCACCUGGACAGGAAGUGCGACCUGCAGAGGGACUGCCUGGACGGGUCCGACGAGCAGGGCUGCGUGGACUGCAUCCUGUCCCCCUGGACCCCGUGGAGUCAGUGCAGCGUGAGCUGUGGCCUGGGGUCUCUGUUCCGCCAACGGGACGUCCUGCGCGAGGCCCAGCCCGGCGGGGACUGUGGGGGCACUCUGUUCGACAGCCGCGCCUGCUUCACCCAGGCCUGCAGGGUGGACGGGCAGUGGUCGGACUGGUCGGACUGGUCCCAGUGCGAUGCCAAGUGCAGCGGCGGGGUGCGGGUGAGGAACAGGACCUGCUCCAACCCCCCUCCCAAAAACGGCGGUCAGGAGUGCCAGGGCAUGACCAUUCAGACGCAGGGCUGCAACACCCAGCCCUGUGGGCCCAACAUCGACUCACACACAGGCUGCAGCAGUGGCAUGGAGCUGGUCAGGGAGGCAGACUGCCUGGGGGGCCGAGUGGAGCCCUGCCCCCUCACCUGUGCUGACAUCUCCUCUCAGAGGACCUGCACCUCACUCUGUGUUACAGGAUGCCGCUGUCCCAUUGGUCAGUUCCUGCAGGACGGACAGUGUGUGAAUGCCAGUCAGUGUGCCUGCCUGUGGGAGGGCGGGGUCAUCCAGCCCGGAGAGGAAGUCGUCAAGGAGAACUGCAGCACCUGUGUUUGCCAAGAUGGGCGUGUCUCCUGCAACGACUCCUCCUCCUGCACUGCUCUCUGUGAUUGGUCGGCCUGGUCGUCAUGGACACCGUGCGACAGCACCUGCGGGAUUGGCCUGCAGCAGAGAUUCAGGUCUCCUGUCACCCCACCUGGCCGGGUCAGACCUCCCUGUCCUGGAGACUAUACUGAGGCCCAACAAUGCUUCACCCCCUGUACCCCAGUACUGUAAGGGGCGCCGUGGGGCCAGUGGACGGCCUGGUCCGAGUGCAGCAGGUCCUGCUUCCUGCUCGUGGACGAGGUGGGCCUCAGGAGGAGGUUCCGCAGCUGCAACGGCACCGACAGCACCUCCUGCCUGGGGGAGACAGAGGAGCAGGAGCCCUGCAACACCCUGCUGUGCCCUGUGCACGGCGGCUGGUCGCCAUGGUCACCGUGGUCUGCGUGUUCCUCGGACUGUGACUCCGGGGCCCAGACCCGACAGCGGCUCUGCAGCUCGCCCCCCCCGCAGCACGGGGGGGAGGCCUGCCCCGGCCCCCACAUCCAGACCCGCGACUGCAACACCCACCCCUGCUCAGAGGUGUGUCCCCAGGGGAUGAUGUACAUGAGCGCGGACCAGUGCGAGCUGCACGGAGGGGCGUGUCCCCGGGUGUGCCUGGACAUGACCCCCACGGUGGAGUGCGCCACGGCCUGCUACGACGGCUGCUACUGCUCGCCGGGGCUCUACCUGUUCAACAACACCUGCGUGCCCCUGGCCAGCUGCCCCUGCUACCACCGGGGGGCGCUGUACGCGGCGGCCGAGAACGUCACGCUGGACGCCUGCAACAACUGCACCUGUAAGAAUGGAGAGAUGGAUUGUGGGAAGGAGCCGUGCCCGGUUGACUGUGGCUGGAGCGGCUGGACGGGAUGGAGCACGUGCAGCCGCACCUGCGACGUGGGCGUCAGGCGGCGGUACCGCUCAGGGACCAAUCCCGUGCCGGCGUUCGGGGGGCGGGCCUGCCAGGGGGACCGGGUGGAGAUGGACUCCUGCAGCCUGGAGCCCUGUCGCGGGUCGAAGGAGCCCUGGAGCUCCUGGUCGGAGUGCUCGGUGUCGUGCGGGGGAGGGUACAGGAACAGGACUCGGGGGGUGCAGAAAACCCACGGGACCGCCCAGCAGUUCAGCGCCUGCAACCUGCAGCCCUGCGGUAACGAGCUGAUCUGUCCAGGUGAGCAGCAGUGGGCAGAGUGUGUGAGGUCACCGCUGACCUGCUCUGACCUCAGCGCUGACCUGACCAACGCCAGCUGCACCCCCGGGUGCCAGUGUCCUGCUGGCCUACUGCUCCAGGACCGGCACUGCGUCUCUGAGUCCCAGUGUCGCUGUGAGGUGGAGGGGACACAGCACGAGCCGGGGCAGACCGUCACCAGGGACUGCAACAACUGCACCUGUGUGUCCGGGCGUCUGAUGAACUGCACUGACAUGGCCUGUAACGUGGAUGGCCAUUGGUCGACGUGGACGCCGUGGAGCGAGUGUUCUGUGACGUGCGGCCCGGGGCUGCAGGCCCGGUACCGGUUCUGUUCUGACCCGGAGAGAUCCGGGAGCGGGCUGCCCUGUCUGGGGCCCGACCGGGAGGACCAGGUCUGCGUGCUGCCUGCCUGCGACCGGAACGGGGGCUGGGGCGACUGGACCGAGUGGACGGACUGUACCAAGUCGUGCGGCGGGGGGGUGAGGACCCGUCGGCGGGAAUGUGACAGUCCGGCGCCCGAGGGGGAGGGGGACUACUGCGAGGGCCAGGGGACGGAGAUCUCGCUCUGCAACGUCGACCACUGCCCAGUGGCCCCCUGCACGGAGGUCCCAGGAACAGCCUUCAGCAGCUGUGGCCCCUCCUGCCCUCGCUCCUGCGAUGACCUGGCCUUCUGUGACUGGCGCUGUGAGCCUGGGUGUUACUGCACGGGGGGGAAGGUCCUGAGUGACAACGGGACGUCCUGUGUGGAGACAGAGCGCUGCCCCUGUCUGGACCUCAGCACCGGCCAGCGCCUGCCCCCCGGGGCCACCGUCCCGCACACCGACGGCUGCAACAACUGUACCUGUGAGGAAGGAAAGCUCUCCUGUGGCAGUGGUCCUUGUCCAGUGGAUGGUGGGUGGUGUGAGUGGUCCAGCUGGACCCCGUGCUCUCGGACCUGUGGGGCGGAGAGGGUGUCCCGCUACAGGAGCUGUGGAUGCCCUGAGCCCCAGGCAGGGGGAGCGGCCUGCCCCGGGGUGCAGGAGCAGCACGGGGGGGUGGGGGUGCAGAUCCAGAGACAGCCCUGCCCCGGCAUCAGCUUCUGCCCAGUCCAUGCUCGUGGGGGUCCUGGGGCCCCCUGGUCGGAGUGUGACGUGUGCGGGGGGGAGAGUGUGCGGAGCAGGGAGUGUAACAGCCCCCCCGCCCGGUUCGGAGGCCUGCCCUGCCUGGGGGAGGGGCGCCAGAGCCGCGGUUGCCACGACAACGUCACCGACUGCUCGGAGUGCGGCGGCGGUCAGGAAGAGUGGCCUUGUGGGAAGCCGUGCCCGCGCGCCUGCUCGGAUCUCCACGUCGACACCGUGUGCGUAGACUCACCUGAGUGUCGCCCCUCCUGCGGUUGCCCCGGCAACCAGGUACUGCAGGACGAGCAGUGUGUGCAGCUGGACGAGUGUCGCUGUAAAUUCCACAACAACACAGCAGCUGACUUACUGGACUCAGGUAACUCCACCUGGACGUGGCCUGGCCUCCCGGACUGGCAGUACGCAGAGCCUGGAGCGACCGUCAUCAGCGCCUGCAACAACUGCACUUGUGAAGAGGGGGUCCUGCAGUGUCAAUCAGUUCCCGGUUGCCAUGUGGACGGUGGCUGGAGCCAAUGGGGCGCGUGGUCGGAAUGUUCAGCUUCGUGCGGGGGCGGAGUCACACUCCGGUCACGGCAGUGCGAUAACCCCACCCCCCAGAGCGGUGGGAGGGGCUGCGCGGGCGUAUCCGAGCAACAGAAGGACUGCAACUCCCAGCACUGCACUGGCCCCGGCCCCUGGUUCGACUGGUCGCCCUGGUCCGUGUGUUCGGUGAGCUGCGGGGGGGGCGAGCAGUCCCGGACUCGAGAGUGCCACUCCCCCCCCUGUCCCGGGAUGAGGAGGCAGAGCAAGACCUGCAACACCCAGGUCUGCCUCGAUGUGGGCUGCCCCCCCGGGCGUCUGUACCGCGAGUGUGAACGCGGGGAGGGCUGCCCCUUCAGCUGCUCCCAGGUCAGCGGGAAGGAGGGCUGCUACUCCGAGGGCUGUGAGGAGGGGUGCCACUGCCCCCCCCAGACCUUCCAGCACCGGGGGGCCUGCCUGCAGGAGUGCCCCUGUGAGGUGGACCAGGAGCUGUUGUCCUUGCUACAGAACGUGUCGAUGACCUCUGACCCCCAAGACGCAGGACCGCAGAACCUGACAGAGGGGGCCGUGCUGCUGUCGGGGGAGACUCUCGUGCACCAGUGCAGCUCCUGCUCCUGUCAGCACGGACGCUGGAACUGCUCCCUGGAGCCCUGCCCUCAGGACGGGGGCCUGUCUUCCUGGGGCCCCUGGGCGCCCUGCUCGCUGUCCUGCGGGGGCCUGGGGCAGAAGCAUCGCUCCCGGAGCUGCACCGACCCCGCCCCGGCGCACGGCGGGCGGGACUGCCGGGGCCCGCUCAGGGAGAGCGCCUACUGCCAGGCGCCCGACUGCCCAGUGGUCACCGUUCCCACAGACGAGCCAGCUGUUCCAGAUGAGGAUUUGGGGUUCUCUGCGUGGUCGGUGUGGAGUCCCUGUUCUCGCUCCUGCACUGACACCCUGAAUCCGGCCCUGAAGUCUCGGCAGAGGGAGUGUCUCCAUCCACCCUGCGCCGGGGAGAUCCGCCAGGAGAGAGCCUGCAACCUGCCCCAGUGCCCUGACGGGGGGCCCUGCCGGGGCGAGGGCUGUGCGCAGAGGAACUGCUCCUGGACGGACUGGGGGGACUGGGGUGCGUGCACGCGCUCCUGCGGGGUGGGACAGCAGGCCCGGAUCAGGACCUACCUCUCGCCGGGCGUCAACGGCUCCUGGUGCGAGGGCAUCCUGGGAGGGAACGUGGAGAGCCGCUUCUGCAACAUCCGCGCCUGCCGAGUGGACGGGGGCUGGUCCCGCUGGAGCCCCUGGUCUCGCUGCGAUAAGCAGUGUGGGGGGGGCCGCUCCAUCAGGACCCGCUCCUGCUCCAGCCCGCCUCCCAAAAACGGCGGGAGCAACUGUGCCGGGGAGAAGAACCAGGUGAAGCCCUGCAACACCAAGCCCUGUGACGACGGAGGCUGCCCGGCGGGUCAGGAGUUCGUGUCCUGCGCUAACGAGUGUCCGCAGCGCUGCGCUGACCUGCAGGAGGGCAUCCGCUGCCAGCAGGCCACGGAGUGCCAGCCCGGCUGCCGCUGCCCGCAGGGGCAGCUGCAGCAGCAGGGCGUGUGUGUGCAGAGGUGGCAGUGUGACUGUGUGGACGCCCUGGGGCAGAGCUGGGCCGCGGGCAGCUGGCACCAGCACGACUGCAACAACUGCAGCUGCGCAGACGGAACGCUGGCCUGCACCAAUCAGAGCUGCGGGGGGGCCGGCUGCACCUGGAGCUCCUGGUCGUCCUGGGCGCCCUGCAGCGCCACCUGUGGGUCGGGGGAGAGAACGCGCUUCAGGUCGCUGAUCCCCGACUCGGACGAGGCGGACUGCCAGUUUGAGGAGGUCCAGAACAAGCCGUGUGACCCGGGGCGGUGCCCCCCUCUCUGUCUCCACGACAACCGGGAGCUGUCAAUCGGAGCCACGUGGCUGGAAGGGGAGUGUGAGCAGUGCACCUGCACCCCCGAGGGAGACUACUGCCAGGACAUCGACUGUCAGGUGGAUGGCGGCUGGACUCCGUGGUCCGUGUGGUCCGACUGCCCCGUGACCUGCGGGCGAGGGGCCCAGGUCCGAACCCGCGCCUGCAUCAACCCCCCGCCUCGCAACAACGGGACGCACUGCCCGGGUCCUGAGAGGGAGGCGCAGGACUGCCACGUCCCCCCCUGCCUCGAUGACCUUUGCCCCUGGGCGCGGUGGUCCCCCUGCUCGCGGGGCUGUGGCGCGGGAGUGACGUCACGGCGGCGUGUGUGUGCGUGUGACGGGCCGGGGGAGAGCGCCUGCCCCCCCGCCAUCCAGGAGGAGCGGCGGAAAGAGGAGACGCGGCUCUGCUACGAGCGGCCCUGCCCCGACUGCCCCAUGUCAGCGUGGAGUGAGUGGACCCUCUGCUCCUGCGUGUCCCAGAGACGGCACCGGCACCGCGCACCGCUCUCUCCCGCCAUCAGGGGGCAGCAGUGCCCAGGGCUGGAGACACAGAGCCAGGCCUGUGAGACGGGGGACUGUGAGGACUGCCAGGAGCCGUUCGAGUUCUCCGAGUGUGGCGCCCCCUGUGAGAAGCAGUGUGCACUGCGGGGGCGGACGGACGCCUGUGCCGGAGCCCCGCAGUGCACACCUGGGUGCUACUGCCCUCAGGGCCUGCUGCAGCAGAACGGCUCGUGCGUUCCCCCGGAGCGGUGUGGCUGUGUGCAUCUGCAGCUCCUGGACACCGGGAGGCCCGUUGCUGUCACUGUCCAGGAGGGGGCGCUGGUGACCGUGGGCUGCAGCUCUUGCCUCUGUCAGAACGGGAUCUUGCACUGUGAUGACCGCGCCUGUGAAGCGUCUCUGAGCGAGUGGUCAGAGUGGACCCCCUGCUCCCCGUGCGUGCCGGCCUCCACCCUGCGGCCCGCCCUGGCCCCCCUGGCCCCGCCGGGCUCCUCCGGGCUCCUGUCCGUGCAGCGCCGGUUCCGGGCGUGCCUGGACCUGGACUCGGGAAUGCCGGUGCGGAACGAGACGGCGCAGUGCCCCGGGGACCUGGAGGAGGAGCGGCUAUGCCCGGAUCCCACCGCCUGCCAGGAUCUGUGCCAGUGGAGCGUGUGGGGUCCUUGGAGCGCCUGCCGGGAGCCGUGCAGCGGAGGAUUCAGGCAGCGACACAGACAGCCCCAGGUCAACCCUCCAGGACCCCGUUGUCGCUGGCAACAGUCGCAGACACAGAGCUGCAACACUGCACUUUGCCCAGGAGAACGCUGUGAGGACAGGGGGCGGGCCUUCCGCGUCGACUGCGCCAAUCAGUGUCCCCGGAGCUGCGCCGACCUCUGGGAGCACGUGCAGUGUCUGCAGGGACCCUGUCACCAAGGCUGUCGAUGUCCGGACGGCUGGCUGCUCCAGGACGGAGAGUGCGUGGAGGUUUCUGCGUGUCGCUGCGGCAUUCCCGCGGAGAACGGCACUCUGGAGAUCUUACCUGGCGGAAACGUCACCGUGGACUGCAACACCUGCCGGUGUGAGAACGGCUCUCUGCUCUGCUCGGACCGGCCCUGCCCCGCGUACGGGCCCUGGGGCCCCUGGACCGGCUGCUCCUCCUCCUGUGGGACGGGCCAGAGGAACCGCAGCAGGCCCUGCGAGGAGAGGGAGGGGGGCCCGCCCUGCGCCGAAACCAUCCAGCACCAGCCCUGCCUGCUGCCCGCCUGUCCGGAGGGCUGUGUUCUGAGUGAGUGGUCGGCCUGGAGUCUCUGCAGCGCCUCCUGUGGUGGAGGACUGUCAGUGCGGAACAAGACCCUGUUACAGCCGCCCCAGCCCGGCGGCCAGGACUGCCCCUCUCCACUGGAGCAGCACACUGCCUGUAACACACAGGGCUGUGAUCCAGAGUGCCCUGACGACCAGGUGUUCAGUACCUGUGCCAGCUCCUGCCCCUACGCCUGUGAGGACCUGUGGCCCGAGGCCCAGUGUGUCCCGGGACCCUGCCGGCCGGGCUGCACCUGCCCCCCGGGGAAGGUGCUGUUGGAAGGCUUGUGUGUUCCCCACGGCUCCUGCCCCUGCUCCUCCCUCUCUUUUCAUGGGGUCCUAAACCUGACCCUUGAUGAACCCCGAGACCUGAUCCCUCCCGGGACUGUGGUGCAGCAACUCUGUAACACCUGUGUCUGUGAUGGAGGUGUGUUCUUCUGCACUGAGGACUCGUGUGACGUGGACUGCGUGUGGGGCAGCUGGGCGGACUGGAGCCCCUGCUCUGUGAGCUGUGGAUCUGGGGAGCAGACAUCGGGCCGGGUGGUCCAGCGGGCCCGUCAGUACGGCGGGGCGGAGUGCCAGGGCCCCGCCCGGCGCUCCAGAGACUGCCAGGCCCCGGACUGCGCGUGCCCGGCGGGGGAGCGCUGGUCGAGGGGGGGGCCGGGGGCGGGGCCGGCCUGCGAGCGGAGCUGCCGGGAGAUGUACGAGGCCACGCCCCAGAACUGCAGCGCGCGCGCGGAGGAGCAGGGGUGCGUGUGCGCGGAGGGGCUCUACCGAAACACGGCGGGGCGCUGCGUGAUCGCCGCGCGCUGCGAGUGCUACGAGGAGGGGGCGUGGAGAGAGGCCGGGACGGAGUGGGAGGAGGGCUGCCAGGCCUGCCGCUGUGUCAACGGUCGGAAGGAGUGCCGGUCCGGGUGUCCGCCGCUGCUCUGCGACGAGGGGGAAGUGAAAGUCGAGGAGGCAGGAAGCUGCUGUCCGGUCUGCAGGAAGGAGUUCCCAGGGGAACCGGCGGCUGAGUGCAGGCGCUACACGGAGGUCAGGAACAUCACUAAGGGAGACUGUCGUCUUGACAACGUGGAAGUCAGCUACUGCAGGGGGCGCUGUUUGUCCAGGACCAACGUCAUCCUGGAGGAGCCGUACCUGCAGGCCAUGUGUGACUGCUGCAGCUACAGACUGGACCCCCGCAGCCCCGUGCGUUUCCUCAGCCUGCGCUGUGACAGCGGGGAGACGGAGCCCGUGGUCCUGCCCGUCAUACACAGCUGCGAGUGCACCAGCUGCCAGGGGGGGGACCUAUCCAGACGCUGAACGUGCUCCAGAAGACGGACGGACAGCUCUGGACAGACGGACGGACAUAGCCGCUCUGUGUGUCCUUGAACUAAAUCGUGUCGUAGCCUGUAGUCAUUAUAUGACUGAAAUCACUUUUUAUAGAGGGCCUUAUGAUGCUCAGAG